GUUAUCACAUAUUCAUAUGGUCGCUAGCCAAUCGCGUACAUUAACAUAUUAUCAUUUGAUGAUUUUGAAAAUAGACCAAUCUCAACUCUCUCUGACAUAAAUUCAAAACGGUCUACGUAGAUGAAACAUUGCACCAUGAAGCCUGUCGGGAUUUUGGCAUUCGUCAAUAUUGUUCUUGCAGCCAUCACUCAUCAUUGCCACACCGAUCCUGUGACGUGCAUAGAGCUUGCUAUUCAUAGCGUAGAUUCGACUUUUUGCCGUGAGUUUCUUAACACAGUGGACUGUACCCAUAUACAUAAUGGCGGUGGUCAUCACGUGGAUAGAACGCAGCCAGUAUGUGGUACGGACGGCGUGUCAUAUCCACAUCAUUGCGAAUUUGCAAGAGAAAGAUGCAGGGUUAUUCUACAAACAAACAAUAAUGUGAACGGACAGCAAGUGUUCAAACUAGACAUUGCUCACGAUGGCAUCUGCAAUCUGGUGACAGUAGCACCGAUUUCAAAUUGCGCAAACAACAGCUGUCUUGACCCGAGUCUCAGUGGCCCAGUGGUCCAGCAAUGCCUUCAAAUAUUGCAACUGUCGUGUACGACUGGCUCGGCUGUCUGUGGAACAGAUGGACAAACAUACCGAAAUGACUGUGAUUUAGCGAAGGCUCAUUGCUUGAAUAUAAACCUGACAAAAGCUCACGACGGAACAUGUGGAGUCUCCACCCAACAGACAUCGCAGACGACACAAGCAUCAACGAACGCUGCUUCUUCAAGUACGUUUACCACUACGACUACAACAGAUGCCAUGAACGCUCUCCUACAACAACUGUUCUGCCAAAACGUAAAUUCGAUUAACUGUCCCCCAAAUCAGCUGAAUCAGCUAUGCGGCUCAGACGGGCAGUUUUAUCCAAACGAGUGUGAACUCGGAAAGGCAAGGUGUACAAUUCCCGGACUGCGGAUAAUGCCGGAUUACCAAGGCUGUUAAAACAACGUUUGAGUCCCAAAUUGUAAUUUCUACCUUUCAGUUUGGAAACAGAAUUAAUACAGUUAUGUUUCUAUGAUA